AUGGAAGUCAUAAAGACCCACGCUAGUGCGAAUAGAACAGAUACCCUGGGUGACGCCGUCAGGAAAACCUGGGCACGGGCUGGGCUGCGCGGUUUCUACCAGGGGCUCAUACCAUGGGCAUGGAUUGAAGCGUCGACCAAGGGCGCUAUAUUGGUCCUGACCUCGACAGAGGUCGAACACCACGCGAAACGAUCCGGCCUGGGGACCGAAGUCGCAGGUGUCCUCGGAGGAAUCGUCGGCGGCGCGUCCCAGGCAUACCUCACCAUGGGCGUCACAACAUGCAUGAAGACCGUGGAGGUCACCAGGCAAAAGGCCCCUAGGACCGCCGGCGGGGCGCCGGGGACUAUGGAGGUGUUUCUGCAGAUCCUGCGGACAAAGGGGAUCCGCGGCGUCAACCGCGGCGUGAACGCGGUGGCCCUCCGCCAGAUUACGGGGUGGUCGUCGAGGAUCGGCAUUUCGAGAGUCGCGGAAGGCCAAAUCAGGUCUUUGAGGGGCAAGUCGCCCGAGGAGAAACUGGCGCCGCAGGAGAAGAUUGUGGCUUCCGUCAUUGGUGGUGCUUUGAGCUGUUGGAACCAGCCGUUUGAGGUCGUGAGAGUCGAAAUGCAGUCGUUGAAGGCUGAUCCAAGUCGCCCGCAGCAACUGACGAUGGCUUCCACUGCCAAGCACAUUUGGGCGACGAAUGGAUUCAGCGGAUUCUUCCGCGGUGUUGUUCCGCGCAUCGGCGUCGCGGCGUGGGCGACGGUGUGCAUGGUCGGAUUCGGCGACAUGGUGAAGGAGGCGGUGGGUUCGAAAGCUUAG